UCCACUCUUCUUCCUUUUACUUUUUCUUCUGUACCUUUACUUCAUCUCCUUCCAUUUUUCUUUCACUUUUCCUCUCUUCUUCUUUGCUGCCUGCAUUUCCGUGGCUGCCUUCUUGCUACCACAGCGGUGCAGUUAUUUUUUUUUUUCGAGUCCUUGUCCUGCAAUACCCCCUGAUUUAUACCCUCCAUUAUUCACAGAGAUGAGUAGAAUUUAGAAAAUCAGUGGCGUUUAGACUUUAGAGGGACGAAUAGCAGCCGCCACAAUGUCGUCAGUGAUUCAACCCAACGAUAACGGAGUUCUUCUGGAAACCCGAGUGGUAUCGCCUCAAUUCCUCGUAAAAAUUGAAUCCUUUUCCUCACUUUCGAAACAUGGAAUUCAGAAAUACGAAUCCAAAGAAUUCUCUGCCGGAGGCUAUAAAUGGAAACUCAUCAUUUAUCCUAACGGGCGUGACAGUGGAGAUAAUGACUAUAUUUCGGUGUACCUAUCUACGGCUGGAAAAACCUCUCCUUCCACUUUUUUUGAGGUCAAUGCAAUGUUUAGCAUCUUACUUUAUAAUCACCAUUUAGACCAUUACGUUUAUUCUCCAGGAAGAGUGUGUCGCUUCCAUACAGCGAAGUCCCAAUGGGGAUUUUCCAAAUUCAUUUCUAAGAAAUGUUUUAAGGAUCCAUCCAAUGGAUAUCUUGUUGAUGACAACUGUGUGUUUGGAGCUGAUGUUCUUUUCUUAAGUCCUCAACGGGUUAUUGAGUCUUUGUCUGUGAUCAAAGAUGCAUGUCCAAAGAAGUACAUUUGGGAAGUUUCAGAAUUAUCCAAAGUGGAUGGUGCUCUUAGAUCGGAAGUAUUCUCUGCUGGUGGUUGCAAAUGGAAAGUUGAAUUACAUCCGAAAGGAGAUUCGAGAGAAAAGGGACAAAGUGUCUCUGCCUUUGUUUAUUGUGUUGAUUUUGCUUCAUAUGAAAAGGUGAAGGCUUUGAUCUCCAUUCAGAUAACAAAUCAGCUCAAUGAUAAGCACAUAUCUUCAAGAGGGUCCCCAUGGUUUAUACCUUUGCACCCUGGCUGUGGAUGGUCCAAGUUUUGUAGCAUCGUUGACAUGGAAGACUCUAGAAAAGGGUUGGUUGUGAAUGACACCUGCAUUUUGGAAGCACAAGUCACUGUGCUAGCCACUGUAGAAAAAGAUGAAAAAAAACAAGAAAAGGAAGAAGAAGAAGAAGAGGAGGAAGAAGAAGAAGAAGUUAAGGGUGUGUUUGUUUGACCUUUUUUUGUUUUAAAGGUACUAUUAGUUACUGUUUAAUGUAUUCAAGAUAAUUACGAAUUUACAAAAUACUGUCUGCUUUAAUAUAUAAAAGUAAAUUAGUAUUAGUAUU